GUGAAACAUGCACAGAACCAGUUAUCUCCCCGUCCUAUUAUACUACCUCAGACGCUGUUAUUUCUUCGGAAACCGUCUUUGUUGUUGAGAUCUCCCUCACCUGUAAAAAUGGAGCACAAAAUGUGGCCCUCUAUGCAGAUGUCAAUGGCAAGCAAUUCCCUGUUACACGGGGUCAGGAUGUUGGUCGCUAUCAGGUUUCCUGGAGCAUGGAACAUAAGCUGGCUCACUCGGGCACCUACGAGGUGAAGUUUUUUGAUGAGGAGUCCUAUAGUAUCUUGCGCAAGGCUCAGCGCAACAAUGAGGAUGUCUCAGAGAUCAAACCCCUUUUUACAGUCAGUGUGGAUCAUCGGGGUGCCUGGAGCGGACCAUGGGUCUCCACUGAGGUAUUGGCAGCGUUAAUUGGUAUUCUGGUAUAUUAUAUGGCAUUCACUGCUAAGAGCAACAUCCAAACAUAAAGCACUUCAAUAAACUCUCUAUACCAAC